AUGUUGAUUAUUAUGUGGAAGGCCUGGUAUGGUUGUCUUCCAGUUGAUGGUCGUAUAAGGAGAGCUGGUAUUUACAUGGUAUCCAAAUGUGAUUUCUGUAUUUCAAGGAACUAUGAGGACCAAAAUCAUAAACUUGCCUUGGGGAAUUUUGCCGAACAGGUAUGGGGUAUUUGUUCAAACCAGUUGGGCAUGCCUAUACUAGAAGGUCACACUUGGAAACAAAUGAUAGAAUCCUGGUACAGGAGAGCCAACAAUUCACAUAGUGGCCAAUUGAUUGGAAUUCUUCCUUCCAUUAUCACUUGGAGGCUUUGGUGGCGUAGAUGUAAAGCUAGAAUGGAGGGAGUUCAUGAAUCGGUUCAAGUUGUUUGGAACUUAAUCAAAUACUGGUUAGCUAUUGCAUGUGAAAAAUUAAAAGAGUCCUCCAGUUUCAACCAUAGAAAUGAAGAGAUUUUGAAAGUUUUAAAUUUGCCAUUUAAGCAUAAAAAGUCUAAGCCAGUUAAGAUUGUAAAAUGGUCUCCUCCUCCUAGGGAUUGGGUUAAACUCAAUGUGGACGAAAGCUCCUUAGGGAAUCCAGGGCCUUCAAGUGCGGGUGGAGUAAUUUGGGAUCAUUGUAGAAAUUUGAUUUCUGGUUUCUCUAUAUCAACUGGUGUGCAGUCUAAUAAUGUUGCAGAAUUUAUGGCUUUGCUACUAGGUCUUCGAACUGUGCAAUUUUUUGGUCUAAAAAAGGUGAAAAUUGAGAUGGACUCUAUGCUCGUGAUUGAUUGGCUAAUGAAGAAGAGAUGUGGCCUCUGGUACUUGAAGGAUUAUUGGGAGGAAUUACUUAAUUUGAUGGAUGGUCUCUGGUUAUGGGUUCGGCAUAUUUUCAGAGUGUAA